CCCAAUAUAGCUCUGAGAAAAUCUAUAUGACUAGGCUGGUGUUGGGAGCCUGGUGGAAUACAAGUUAAUGGAAGCCUGCAUUGACAUAAGCAUGGUAAGCCAAUACCCAUGACUCAGAAGGGAAACCCUUCAAAAGAAGGAUCUAUUUUUUUCCCCUGUUGGACUCUUUAACUGGGUAAUAUCUCCAUGCCACUCCCUCCAAUGAGGUGUUGGUCAUUUUCCAUCACCUCUGUGGUGCUGAAAUUUGGAUGAUGUCUGUCAGGAGACUUAAAGGCUGCUGCUGCAUGUCACAUUUCAAUGAGGACAAUGGCAGGUUUGUCCUUUUAGCAGUGCUCAUUGUGGCAUACCUGACUGCUGGAGCUACCAUCUUCUCAGCCAUUGAGAGCCCAUCUGAAGCAGAAGCGCAGCAUCGUUGGAACCGGACUCUUCAGAACUUCAGCCAGAUCUUCAACAUUAGCCUCCCUGAGCUGAAGGCCUUCUUACGAAGCUAUGAGGCAGCCAUGGCUGCAGGUAUUAGAGUAGAUGCCCUCCGACCAAGAUGGGACUUCACAGGAGCUUUCUAUUUUGUGGGCACAGUGGUUUCAACAAUAGGUUUUGGGAUGUCCACACCAGCAACAGUAGCGGGUAAAGCCUUCCUUAUCAUUUAUGGUCUCUUUGGGUGUGCUGGAACCAUCUUGUUCUUCAAUCUCUUUCUAGAACGGAUUAUCUCACUUUUGGCUUUGGUCAUGAAGGCUUGCCGUGAGAGACAGCUGCGAAGAAGUGGCCUUCUACCUCCAACCUGCCGAAGGGGCUCCACCGUGUCUGAUGUGGACAGCCUGGUUGGGUGGAAGCCAUCGGUCUAUCACGUGAUGCUAAUUUUGGGAAUCUUUGCCAUUACUCUUUCUUGCUGUGCCUCUGCCAUGUACACGGCUGUGGAAGGAUGGAAUUACAUUGACUCCUUGUACUAUUGUUUUGUCACCUUCAGCACCAUCGGAUUUGGUGAUCUGGUGAGCAGUCAAAAUGCUGUCUACCAAAAUCAGGGAUUAUACAGAUUUGGGAAUUUCACAUUUAUAUUAAUGGGGGUAUGCUGCAUAUAUUCUCUUUUUAACGUCAUCUCAAUUGUAAUCAAGCAGGUUUUAAACUGGAUGCUAAGAAAGUUUCGGUGCAGAUGUUGCCCAGAUUGCAAUAAGCCAACUGCCCGCCUUGGGCGGCGCAAUGCCAUCACACCUGGAUCCCGCUUCCGCCGGCACAAUUUCUCUAUAGAAACAGAUGGACAAUAUGAUAGUGACACAGAGGGGAGAAGGCUUUCGGGUGAGAUGAUCUCCAUGAGGGAUCUCACAGCUUCUAACAAAGUCUCCCUGGCGCUUCUGCAGAAGCAGUUAUCGGAGACAGCCAAUGGCUACCCCCGGAACGUCUGCAUCAGCACCAGGCAAAAUGAUUUUUCAGGCGGAGUUGGGGCUUUAGCGAUCAUGAACAAUAGACUGGCAGAAACGAGUGAUUCUAGGUAGAAAUUUUGAAAUUACCUUCUCUAAC